CGUUAAUACCUCUACAAUCUUUCAGAAAAAUUAAAAAAACCUUAAAAUUAAAAACCCCGACUGAAAAACCGCCGUGUCUGCUCCAACUCGCCAAGAAGAGAAGCCGCCGGAGUCUGGAAAAGGACGCCGGAGCCACCGUUUUCCUGUGGUCGUGGCCAAGAGAAUUUUGGUGCUGUGGUGUUUUUUAUUAUGGAGAUUAAGACAGAUGUAAAAGAAAGCUCUCUCAUUCUGCUGAAGCAAGGAGCUGAAGCUAGAGUUUUUGAGUCAAAUUUUGUGGGAAGGCGGUCUGUUAUUAAGGAACGUUUCUCAAAGAAGUAUAGGCAUCCUACUUUGGAUUCUAAAAUAACUCUUAAGCGCUUAAAUGCGGAAGCCAGGUGCAUGACAAAAGCAAGACGACUUGGAGUUUCUACUCCAGUGUUGUAUUCUGUGGACCCUGUGCUGCACACUCUAACGUUUGAGUAUGUGGAGGGUCCUUCUGUCAAAGACAUACUCCUUGAAUUCGGGUCACAUGGUAUUAUUGAAGAGCGAUUGGAUGAUAUUGCUUUACAAAUUGGUGUUGCAAUUGCAAAAUUGCAUGAUGGUGGUCUCAUCCAUGGUGACUUGACCACAUCAAACAUGUUACUUAAGAGUGGUAUCAACCAGCUGGUCCUUAUUGACUUUGGUUUGAGCUUUACUUCAACCCUUCCAGAAGAUAAAGCUGUUGAUUUAUAUGUACUUGAACGAGCUCUGCUCUCCAUGCACUCUUCAUGUGGGAAUGUGAUGGAUCAGAUACUUGCUGCAUAUCGGAAGUCCUCAAAGCAGUGGUCAUCUACACUGAACAAGCUUGCUCAAGUGCGACAAAGAGGACGAAAGCGGACCAUGGUUGGAUGAGCCUCCUUCAAAUUUCUGUCCCCACUAAGGUAAAAGAGAAGGAAGUUCUGGUGGAGAGUUGAGUUUUAUGAUUUAUUUUUUUGAUAGUUUAUGGAAACUUUAUUGAGAAAGGUACAUCGCGUUCACGAUUAUGAACACUCUGAACUUGGAAUGAGUUUUAUGAUAUAAAUUAACCAUGUGCUAUAUUUAUCAGCA